AUUUUUAAUAUGAAGAAAUUGAAAUGGAAGAGAAAGAAGAAACGAAGGAAGAUGAUAACAUUAACAACAACGAGGCUUCUUCUCUUCCAAAAGAAGAGAGCGUGAGAAAAGGGUUUUGUGGUGAAAGAGUUAAGAGAGAUGAGUGGAGUGAAGGGGCAGUGUCAACACUUCUUUCGGCCUAUGAAGCCAAAUGGGUACUCAGAAACAGAGCCAAACUCAAAGGCCAUGAUUGGGAAGACGUCGCAAGGCACGUCUCCUCACGUGCCAACUGCACCAAAUCACCCAAGACUUCAACGCAGUGCAAGAACAAGGUCGAGUCUAUGAAGAAGAGGUACAGAUCAGAGUCAGCGAGUGCGGAUCACGCCUCAUCUUGGCCUCUCUAUUCACGACUUGAUCUUCUUCUCCGUGGAACUGGCCCAGUCACGCCCGUCACCGCCGUGCCUCCGCCGUCUCAGUCGCCGUUCGACCCGUCACCACCGCCUCUUCUGUCACCACCGCCACCUCUUGCUGCUGCUUCGGCCCCAAUUGCAAAUGCGCAAAACUCACCUGGCUCCAAUGGCGUUGAUAAAAUACCCAAGGAAGAUGGGUUAGCAACUAAGUCAUGUGAUGAUGAAUCUAACAAGAAUGCAUUGGACACGGAUAGCAGCACGCCUGCGCUUUAUAGCAAGAAGGAAGAGUUGAGAAGUAACAAGAGGAAGAAGAAAACAGUUGACAACAAUGGAAGAAGAAGGAAAGAGUAUGUGGAGAUAGCAAAAAGCUUAAGAUGGUUAGCGGAAGCAAUGGUAAGGUCAGAACAAGCAAGAAUGGACACAGUGAAAGAGAUAGAGAGGAUGAGAGUUGAAGCUGAAGCUAAACGAGGGGAAAUGGAUCUUAAGCGAACCGAAAUAAUAGCCAACACACAAUUAGAGAUUGCUAGGAUCUUUGCAAGUGUCAACAAAGGUAGUGUUGAUUCAUCUUUAAGAAUUGGAAGAAGUUAAGGGUUCCUUUUGGAAGCUAAUUAAUAAAAAAAAAAGUUGUUGUAAGUGCACAUAAAGUUAGUCAAUAUUAUAUUUUUGAAAAGCAAAACUUUUGAUGGAGGGGAUAGGGUGUUUAUGAAUGUGUAAUUGCCUAUGAUAGUGA